AUGGGAGCCGCGGCGUCGGCCAGGUGGGUCCAGGCGGCUCGCGGAGCAAGGGAGCCGAUGGGAGCGGAGGUUGCCGCUCAAGAGGCUGGACCAACAGCCCCGUCAUUGGUCGCCGAGAAGCCGGCCAGUCUAGCGACCGCACCAACGGCGAUAGAUGGCGGCGCCAAAACCGUCAAGGGACCGUCUGGCGGAGUGGCGGGGACCACGUCGAUUCCCCGCAAACCCCCUGCGGCUAGCAGCGCGCCGGUCGCCCCGUCAGCCGCCAACAACGAUGGGCCGUCCCUUGCGGCUACUCCAGCACCAGCAGGCACGUCUGCCGCCAAGGUCGACGCGGUGGAUGCUGCGGCUAACGGCGCUGGUCCGUCCGCCCCAAAGGCGAACGCGCUCAGGGAAAUGCUCCGCCGCAUGGAGACCCAUCGACAGGACGUGCAGCAGCCUCCCGUGGUCGGUACCGCGCCGGCCACAACAGCACAUCGCUCGGUCACUCCGCAGGUCGCCGCCACAACGUCCAGUGCCCCACCUACCGCGCCUAUCAUCGCCGCCCGUCCUCCUGUGGACCCAAAGUCCGCCUUGCUUCGCGCCCGGUUAGGCGCACGUACUGCGGCAGCGCCAGCACGGGCUCAGCCGGUAGCCAGCUCAAGCGCGACGCCGACGUCGGUAACCGUAGCUGCACCCACACUCGGUGCGGCUACUGUCGAGGCGGUGGCGGAGAAGGGCGUGAGUGCAGCGCUAGCCAUGGGCGGCGGAUCAGUUGACCCUGCACAGGCGGCGAAGGACCACAACGACGCCGAUAUCGCUGCCAUCCAGGACCUGUUGGAAGCGGUAAACCGCCCCAAGCAGCCCCCUGUUCUGGCCAUCUCGGACUCGGCGCAUGUGGAGCACUCGGCGAUUCCCACUGGUAGUACAGCAGAGCCAAAGACAACCACUGCUGCGGUCGGCGCGGGAAAGUCGAAACGGAAGGGGACGGUCGAUGCAGGGAAAGCGAGGCCGAGCUCGCAGAAGAAAACACGGGCAACGUCGGCGAUGGUGAAGUCGGUGGAGAAAGGACAGGGGAUGGCGACGGCGAUGGUGAAGGAGAAGGCGGCGGAGAAAGGGAAGGAGAAGGAGAAGGAGAAGGAGGAGAAGGAGAAGGAGAAGGAAGAGGAGGAGGAGGAGAAGGAGAAGGAGAAGGAGGAGGAGGAGAAGAAGGAGAAUGAGAAGGAGGAGGAGGACAAGGAGAAGGAGAAGGAGGAGGAGAAGGAGGAGGAGGAGGUGGAGGAGGCGGAGGUGGAGGAGUAG